CCUGCCCUGGCUCGGUUGGACUUUGCCAAUAGAAAAGGAAACUCUCCCCACUCCUUACGGAGGGCGGGAGGCAGGAGUCUGCCAGGAAGCACUAGGCCACUCCUACCUGAUUCUCCGCCCACCUCCACUUUAGUCUGGCCUGGCUGACCCGGCCGGCAGACCUCUCUAUUUCUGAGAAGGAACUACUGUUCCGGGACAAGCCAGCAGCCUCUGAGAGGAAUUAGACAGUAAGGCCCUUGGCCUUGGCUGGCACCGGGUGCAGGAGAGGCAGCAGCAUCUAGGGACCAGGCGGAUGUGCCCCCAGGAGAGUUCCUUCCAACCCUCCCAGUUCCUACUGCUCAUAGCGAUCCCAGUGGCAAGUGCUCUCCUUCUGGUUCAGUGCCUUCGCUGGUACUGUCCUCGGUGGCUGCUGGGGACCUGUGUGAAGCCAGAUGGGCAAGAAGAGCCAGUGUCCCAGUCCACCCCACUACCAGAAUAUGAGGCUCCAGGGCAGUGCCCACCAGCCACACUGCCAGAGAUAGCUGCUUUCUACCAGGAACUGCACACGCCCACCCAUGGCCAGACCAUCGUCCGCCAGCUGAUGAACAAACUCUUGGUGUUUUCGGCUCGAGAGGUGGAUCACCGUGGCGGCUGCCUGAUGCUCCAGGAUACAGGCAUUUCCCUGCACAUCCCUCCAGGUGCUGUGGCUGUGGGCCGCCAGGAGCGGGUAUCCUUGAUUCUGGUGUGGGACCUGUCAGAUGCCCCAUCGCUGUCCAGAUCUCAGGGGCUGGUGAGCCCUGUGGUGGCAUGUGGCCCCCAUGGAGCCUCCUUCCUGCAGCCCUGCACCCUCACGUUCAAGCACUGUGCCCAGCAGCCCAGCCACGCCCGCACCUACAGCAGCAACACCUCCCUGCUGGACGCCAAGGCCUGGAGGCCCCUGGGCCGGCCGGGGGCCCACGCGUCCCUGGAUGAAUGUCGCAUCCUCCUCUCCCACUUCAGCCUCUACACCUGUGUGCUGGAGGCGCCCGUGGGGCAGGCUGCCCGCAAAUGGCUGCAGCUGGCCGUGUUCUGCUCGCCACUGGUGCCGGGGCAGUCCCACCUGCAGCUGCGAGUCUACUUCCUGAACAACACGCCCUGCGCCCUGCAGUGGGCUGUGACCAACGAGCAGCCCCAUGGUGGGCGUCUGCGCGGGCCCUGCCAGCUCUUUGACUUCACCGGGGCCAGAGGGGACCAGUGUCUGAAGCUCAAGUACAUUUCUGAGGGUUGGGAGAAUGUGGAUGAUAGCAGUAGCCAACUAGUUCCCCAUCUCCACAUCUGGCAUGGAAAGUGCCCCUUCCGCUCCUUCUGCUUCCGGAGGAAAGCAGUCAGUGAGAAUGAGGACUGCUCAGCAUCAACCAAUGAGAUCAUUGUCACCAUGCACACCUUCCAGGAUGGCUUGGAAACCAAGUACAUGGAAAUCCUCAGAUUCCAGGCGUCAGAGGAGGAGUCCUGGGCAGCGCCACCCCCUGCCUCCCAGCGGCCCCUGUGCAACAGGCUGCCCCCAGAGCUCUUUGAGCAGCUGCAGAUGCUGCUGGAGCCAAACAGCAUCACAGGCAAUGACUGGCGCCGACUGGCCUCCCACCUGGGGCUCUGUGGCAUGAAAAUCCGGUUCCUGUCCUGCCAGCGGAGCCCCGCCGCGGCCAUCCUGGAGCUGUUUGAGGAGCAGAAUGGCAGCCUGCAGGAGUUGCACGACCUCAUGACCGCCAUGGAGCGGCUGGACUGCGCCUCUGUCAUCCAGAACUACCUGAGCGAGACACCCAGGGGCAGCCCGGCCCCGGCCCGUGGGGCCGCCCGGGAGAACCAGGGCCUGGAGCUGGACGAGAAGCUCUGAGCGCCCGCUCCCGGGGGCAGGGGACGCCGGGGAUGUGUUCCUCUGCCCAGGAAGGAAAUAGCAGCUGCUACUCAAUAUGCCCGGAGCCCUCUUCAGAAGCCGCAGUCCAUGUUCAAGUCUACCCAGAAUGUCGGAGCGCUCUUGCUGGCGGCCGCAUCCAGACCGCCCCUGCGCCCAAGGAUUUUGUUCUGCGUGCAGGUCCUCUCUUGGGCGGCAGGGGGCGCAGGAGCCCAGGAGAUGGCCACAGUCCGGCCAGCCUCUGGAAGCUAUUUCUCAGACCAAUGGACUGCCCGGUGGCCCCUGGGCACCGCGUGGCGACUGUUCAGUCUACAAGCGUUCACUGAGCACUUAGUAAGGCCCAACACUGGGCUGGGGCCCUGACGAGUACUGUGGUAUCUGAGGUGGGACCUGGAACCUUGAUGGGCACACAGGUCCCUUGCAGGAAUAUGACCUUCACAUGAGCUGAGGGCAAACUCUAAGAUAGCAGGUACCUGUGGUUAGGUGGCUGGUGGUCUCCUAUGAACUGUGCUUUGCUUUAGGAGUCAAGAAGGGAGGGACCUUGAAUAUGGCCCUGGGACAAGGAGAAGGCACAGCGAGGAGUUGGGCGAGAUCUUCAGUUGGGUUUAGGGGAAGAGCUCACCUGUGCACAGCAGGAGCCAAGAGCAAGCACAGAGGACUGGAGGCACUAAGGAGCUGCCCGACUGGGCAUGAGGGAGGGUGGCAGGAGAGUUCUAGAGCUGGGCAGUCACAUCUGUGCUCCAUGGUCUCCCCUCGCUUCCUUUGUCUCAAGUUCCAGCUCAUGCCUGGCUUCCCCUUUUGCCAGUCCUCUCUCAUAAAGCAUUCAAGCUGAGAAGAAGCCGUAAGAUUAACAUUCUUACCCAGUCUUUAUAUCUCUUCACCUCCAACUGUGUGAGUUUUAAGUCUCUGACUUCAUUUUUUUUGCCUCCGUUUCCUGCGGUUGUUCCGUCUCUGAAUCUACUCGCUGACUGCCAUAGCAUCUUUUGUCCCUACCCAGUUACUGUGCCCUGUCUUCGUGGGUUUCUUUCUGUAUCUGAAAUCCUCAGUCAUUCCCCUCAGGCAAGUGUCUCCAAACCAGUGUUAUGUAUCCAAGGUUAUUGGAAGAGACUGGGCUACUCUGGAAUGAAUGGGAUAUUUCCCCCAUGAAACAAGACCCAGGUUAGAGUCAGAAAAUAAAGAAAGGAGUUGAAGAACACCUCACUCAAUCAACGAAUACUUAUUUUGCACUUACCAUGUGUUAGACAGUGUAUACAAAAGAGAAGGAUAGGCUGGGCCCUGAAAGGAGAACAGAGGGACUUGACUCAAUUCUAGCAAUGCUUUUGUUUGCAAACAGGUGUUGUUAAUUUGUUUAAGGGAAGGCAGUCUCUCUGGCAACACUAACAAUUUGCUUCUAUAUUUAAUUAAAAAUAUUAACGCUUUUUUAUGAUGAAUGAUAUUGUAUAGUAAAAUAUGUAAAUUGCCUUUUUACAAAAGCAGACACAUAGACCAAUGAAACAGAAUGGAAGACAGACACAUACCCGGGGACAGCCAUCUGAUCCUUGACAAAGAUGCCAAAAACACGUUGGGGCAAAGACAGCCUUUUUAUCAAAUGGUGCUGGGAAAAGUGAUGAUCCAUAUGUAGAAAAAUGAGACUAGACCUUAAUCUCUCACCUUGAACAAAAGCCAACUCAAAAUGAAUCAAAGACCUAGGACUUAGACCAGAAACUAUGCAACUCCUAGGAGGAAAUGUAGGGUCAACACUCCAACAUAAAGGUGCACAGGCAAUGACUUCAUAGGAUCCCUAAAACUCAGGAAAUAAUAUCAAGAGCUCAUAAAUAAGAUGGCAUUAAAUUAAAAAGCUUCUGCACAGCAAAGGAAUUAAGUAAUGAUGUGAAGACAGAAUCUAAAGAAUGGGAGAAAAUCUUCACUAGCUACUCUUCUGACAGUUGAUUAACAUUCAGAAGCUAUAAAGAACUAAAUAAAACUUAACACCAAAAACAAAACAAAACAAACAUCCCAAUUUUAAAAAGGGGCAAAUUAACCAAAUAGAUACUUAUCAAAAGAAGAAAUACAA